AUGUCAUUCAUUUCGCUUCUAAGAGAAGAAGUGAUAGCGGCAGUGCGUGAGAUAUUUCCGACUUGCCAUACAUGAAUACACGACACAAAGGGAAUGGAUUUCAAAAAUGUGAAUCCUUUAAACAGUCGAGUGAACAAGAUCUCAGGGAAUUUAUUCCCAAUAACGACCAAUAAGUCACAAUUUUCAGUAACGUAUCGUAUUUACAGUGCCAUUGUAUGGUUAAUAGAAUUGAUCUACAUGAUUGGGUUGAUUUCCGGGCUUAUACUAUCACCAGCGGAGAAGAUUUUGAAGGACGGAAUUCUCUCCAUUGUGGUGAUCAUGGAGACAUCUUUUAUGCUCACGUGUCUUUAUUUACGCACAAAGCUGAUGAAGGAAAUAAUCCACAAGAUAAACAAUAUCUUGCAAAAUGCGGACGAGACUAUGAAGAAUAUUAUAAACUCGAAAAUAAAACCUAUAACAAUGCCGUUCGUAAUAUAUGGUGUGACCAGUGUGAUAUCUGUCGGGAUAUGGCACUUACAACCGCUUGUGUUGGUCUUUGAGAAAUCCACCUUUGUCUAUGCAGAUUAUAAUUUGCCAACUGCUUUCAGCCCCGAGCCAUUCUCCAGCCUCGUUUUAAUUCCCUCAACCGUUAUUGCGGCACUUGGCGGCAUUUAUUUGUUCCUUAAAAAAUUCAGUGUGGAUAUUUACAUGAUGCAUUUGGUAUUGAUGUUAACAGCCCAAUAUAGAUACACAGCGACAAAGCUUAAGAUGCUAUUUCAGAAUCUACAGGACUAUCAUUACAAAUCUGAAGAAACGCAUAUUCCUGUAAAAGCUCAAUCGGUGAAAAAAGAAUUGAAAGAAUUAUGUCACCAUCAGAAUGCUGUAUUAAAGAUAUCAUGUAUAGUAAAGGAACUAUUAUCUAUCAACUUCAGUAUACUCCAUAUUAAUAAUGUGUUUCGCUUCUGUUUUUUGGGUAUCUUUUUAAGUACAAUACCAUCAAUGACUUUUCCAGAAGCAGCUUCAGUCGUCUUCUUUGCAAUUGGUUCGCUACUACAAUUCUUUUUGUUAUGUUCUUCUGUUCAAACAUUAUUAGACGCGAGUACCGAAGUAACAGAUAAAGCAUUUAAUGAAGGCUGGUAUGAAUUUGAACCAUCAGUUCAACGUACGUUUAUAUUAUUGAUAAUGGCAAAUAACUUAGAAUGUAGGAUUGCAGCGAUUGGAAGAUUUGAUUUAUCUUUGCCUUCAUUUAUGACGAUUAUAAACCAAUCAUAUUCAAUCGCUCUCCUAUUUUUAAGAGCAAAAUAAAAGAACCAUAUUCCGCAGGUAAUAAUAAUAUUAAAUUUCGUAGAUAGAAAAUAAAUAGUUACUUGACACAAAGAACAUUAAAGCAAAUAUUUUUAAGAAGAAACACGUAAAUAAAUUGUAUUGCAUAAUAAUUUAAAGAUUAUGGCUAUAACAGUGUAUUGAAUUACUAUUAAAACAUAAAAAUAUUAUAAUAUUUUUCAAAAAUUUACUCUU